AGGCAUACUCGUCCGCCCCUCCGCGAGGCAUUCCUCCUCUCAUCAACCAUGUGGCCAGCGAGGAGGGCUGUCACGGCAUUGCUUAUGCUGGGGCCCGGCCUGGUCCGCUCAGCCAUCAACCUCGAUGGCAGCCGGGCCAUUAUGCCUUUGGGCGACGGGGACCCUUCCCCAAUUCAUGACGCCCAAACCUACGAACCGGAACAGUACGACUGUCCACUUCAAUGCGCCGACAGGUACGCCAACAUGCACAGGUGGACUCCGUACCUGUCAGUCGACCGCCUUCGCGGUUGCCAGGAACCAAUCAGCGCUCCCAAUAAGUCAAGCAUAUUCAAACCAAGGCAAAUCGACCGGCCGGCAAGUAAGCCAAACCGGCCUUCAGAAUAAGCCAAUCAAGCCAAUUCCCAGGCCCUAUGUGUUUGUUUGAUUUGAGUGGGUCCCCCCACUAUAGUGGUGAUAUUUGAUAUUCUCC